CCUUUUUAAAAAAGGCCUUUUAAAACCAGCAAGGUUCUUGACUUAAUUUUUCUUUAAUAAUUUUUGAGGGCUUUUUAAAAUUUUUUUUAUGUGAACAAGUCAUGAUUACCCACGCAGCCACUAAUUUUCAGUUCUUUGAUCAAUUCCUCUGUAUCAAGAUGAGGUCUAUCACAAAAUUCCCUGGAGUGAAGAACAAUCUUUCUGAGGUUUGAAGUGUAAUCCCGCAUCCAUCACUACCCAGAAAAUGUCUUAUGGAUCCAUUGAUGGGAGUGGAUUUGGGAGCAGGAACCCAUUUGGAGGCCCUUCGAGACAAGGCUAUCAACCUCUCGCCACUCAGAUUGAUCCCAGCGAACUGCAGGAACUUUUUCAGGAGACUUCAGCCAACGUCUUCCGAAUUAACUCCAAUGUGACCUCUCUGGAAAGAAGUCUUCGAUCCCUGGGGACCUCGAAUGAUACUCAAGAGCUGCAGGAUGGACUGCAUGCCACCCAGCAGGAGACUAAUAAAACCAUCACGACUAGCACCAAAGCCAUCAAGCAGCUGUCUGAGGUUGUCAGAGGCUCAUCCAGGCAAGAACGGCUCCAGCUGGACAGGCUGAAGAACCAACUGUCAGAUGCCAUCCAGAGAUAUGGAGCUGUGCAGAAAAAAAUAGCAGAGAAAUCCAAAGCUUUGCUUCCUACUGGGCAGAGAAGCACCAAACAGCAGAGCCCUAAGACCCCGUUCUCUGACCUGCCUGACGACGAGAAAAUCUUCAACGGAGGCGACGGCGUGUGGCAGAACCAGGGCCAGGAGCAAGCCUUGCUCUCGGAAAUCACGGAGGAGGAUCUGGAAGCCAUCCGCCAGAGGGAAGAGGCCAUUCAGCAGAUUGAGAGUGACAUGUUGGAUGUGAACCAGAUCAUCAAAGACCUGGCCUCCAUGGUGCACGAGCAAGGAGACACAAUAGAUAGCAUUGAAGCCAACAUUGAGGCCUCCUCUUCUAAUGUAGAGUCAGCCAAUGAGCAGUUGGCAAAAGCAAGUCAGCACCAACUACGAGCCAGGAAGAUGAAGUGCUGCCUUCUCUCCAUUGCUUUGGCUGUUCUGCUGCUCGUUGUCAUAAUCAUCGCAGUCUCCGUCAAGCACUGACCUGGCUGAGGUGUGCACAGAGCCUGUGGUCACCCUGGGAAGUGGAAUGGAUUCUCAAGGCAUUGCACAUUCAGGCCCCACGUCCGUGUCUGCAUUACUGAUCACUUCAUAUUAAACCUGCUGUAACCAACAAGCACUAAUUGUAUGAAAAAAAAAAGCUAAGUUUUAUACUGUGUGUUGGCAUCGUUGUGAAUAAUUUUGCCUAUUUUCCUCCCCUUCAUCAUAGGCAUGUUUUACCAUAUGUUACAUUGUAAUUAUGUCCCCUGUAUCUGGGGAAUUCUAUUUCUUUGCCUCCAGAUUUGCUAUACAAUGUGCUGUAAGAUAAAUAGCUGUUAAUUCAUCUCUAUUGUUUGUGUUUUUAACAUGCUCCUGAUCUCCAAUUCUGCUUAUUUAAAACCAUGAAAGUCAA